AUGGGGGAGUCGCUCGAUGACUGGAGAGAAUUCUUCAGGACGACGGUGACCGACGUCUUUGAGUUCAUAGACAAGGCCAUCACAAUCGCCGCGCUUGAUUGCCCCCAAGAUUUUCUGUCUCAAAGAGGCCGUAUCGCGGAGCAGCUGUUCUCAUGCGGGACAGCUCGAGAUGGAGGUGACUCUGCAGCCGAGAGUAAAGAAAGCAAGGCGAACGGUGACACAGGUAAUGCUGCGAGCAGUGUGGGCAGCAUAAAGUACGGUGAUGGAGAAGCCGAGUCAUUCGGCAACGAUAUCGAAGAGGCCUCUCUAGUUGUCUGUGAAGUUCUAAGGAUCAAGCAGAAAACUAAGAUCGGGAUAAGUGUCAACAGUCUCCGAAGGAACUGCGGAUCGAAGCUGAUUGCUCAGCUUGCCCACGACAAUACUAUGAGAUGGAAGGCUAUGGUCAAAGAGAUAUGCCGCAGCACAGAGGAUGUUGCUGAUCCUUGCAAUGUCGGAGACAGAACGACAUCUUCCAUCAAGAACCAGAAGAACAUCAGGAAACCAGGACAAGAACAGUACGACUUCAGCCAGGCAGGUUCAUUAGCUGACAGGAACCGGAGGCUGAAUGUGAACCAGCACCGAGGCACUGUGAAGCCCAAUAUGUCCUCAAACGCUGACCUGAGAACAUUCCCCCAAGCGAGAUUGCGUCGUGGAAGUUUGAGAAGGAGAGAAUGCUUCGGUCACAAAAAUCGAAUGAAUCUGUCACAGGGGGCAAAAUACCACUUGCCGGUCGACAGAAUAUCAAAUGCUCCAACAAAGUCGUAGCAGAGGUGGGGUUUGAAUCCAGCGAGAGGAAGACACAAGAACUUCAUCGAAAAGCAGAAACAG